UUGAACAUAUUUAGACUUCGCGUUAGUCUUCUAAACGACUUAUCUCAAGGAGGGGCUAAAACUAGAGUGAGUCUAUCUUGAAGUUCAGAAGCAGUGGAUACGAAAUAAGAGCCAAUGAGAACGAUGGUAUAUGAAACCUCUUAGGGGAGGAGACAACCUGGAGGCUGGAACUAACGAUCACAUCACCGAGCCGAGGAUGGUAGCUGCCAUUUCGACCCACGGUUACGCCGCUCCGAGCUUCCCCCGCCUGCCCCGCGGCUGUCUGACCGGAAACGAACCUCGACUUUUCUACUGUCAAACAACAGCCUGUCACGCUCGACAAGGAUCAAUCUUACACGAAACUAUCCCAGACCUCAAGCUUAUUUAAUUUCUACCAGCAAUCGUCACAAUGGUCGAGCACGAGCCUGAGCCGAAGCGCUUCUCCCCUAAGAUCCCUGUCCAGCUCGACCCCCCGAAAUAUGAUCCUAUCACCGUGGAGGAACUGUCCAAGUGUGAUGGCACUGACCCUAACCGCCCUACUUUGGUAGCGAUAAAGGGAAUUGUCUUCGAUGUGACUCGGAACUCGGCAUACAGUACCAGUGGCCAGUACCACGUCUUCGCCGGAAAGGACCCCUCCCGCGCUCUCGCCUCUUCGUCGCUCAAACCCGAGGAUUGCAGACCCGACUGGUAUGAUCUGGAGGACAAGGAGAAGACCGUCCUGGAUGAAUGGUUCACUUUCUUCAGCAAGCGGUACAAUAUCGUGGGAAAGGUGCAGGAUGCUACGAACUACUGAAAGAACGGAAUGCCAACGGCAGCAAUGCUAUAAUGCAGCCUAUUUCUAAGACAAGAAUUAUACCCGUGGACUUAUUUUAUUGCGAGCGUCCAGUAUUCUCAAUCCGGAAUGGUUGGUGUCAAAUGCGUCCAACAAUGCAAAGUUACAGAAUUACAGGUGGCUUGUGCAAAGUAAUCAUUAGCUAUGUACUCCGUAUAU